AUGUCGAGUCGCCAACAGAUUGACUCAGUCAUCGAUGAUGAUGAUGAGUUCUGCCCCCUUUGUAUCGAAGAGUUCGAUCUGUCGGACAAGAACUUCAAACCGUGUCCCUGUGGAUAUCAAAUUUGCCAGUUCUGUUACAACAAUAUCAAAACUCAAAAUGACGAAGGCCGAUGCCCGAACUGCCGCCGUGCCUACGAUGAUAGUACGAUUCAAUACAAGAUACCUGACGCCGAGGAAUUCAAGGCAGAUCUCGCAUUGAAGCAUCGCAAGGCGGCCGCCGCGAAGAAGAAGGAAGCAGAGAAACGUGAAAUCGAAGCCUCGAGUCGCAAGAAUUUGGCGGGCGUCCGCGUGGUUCAGAAAAACCUGGUUUAUGUGAUCGGGUUGAAUCCGACAAUUCGCGACGAAAACCAACUUCUCCAAACGUUGCGCGGGAAGGAGUAUUUUGGUCAAUACGGUGAUAUCGAGAAGAUUGUGGUGAGCAAGGCGAAGCCCGGUGGUAACCCCCACCAGGGUAUUGGGGUUUAUGUGACCUUCACACGCAAGCUAGAUGCCGCAACUUGUAUCAACGCCGUCGAUGGCUCUGCGAAUGGUGACCGUGUCUUGCGGGCGCAGUAUGGAACGACGAAGUACUGCUCAUCUUUCCUCCGGAAUGAGCAAUGCAAUAAUCGGAACUGCACCUUCUUGCACGAGACCGGCGAGGACAGCGAAAGCUAUACUCGGUCUGACCUUUCUUCUAUGAAUACGUUGUCUAGCCAGCGCCCGAACCCAACACCUCAGGUUACUCACUCUCGCCUUGGACAGCCAAUCGCCCACCAAAUGCGCCGACAGCCAAGCAAGGACGAUUCGAUCACCGGACGCCAAUCCAUCCCGGAUGGCCCUGCCCUUCCUUCCUCUGCCAGCUGGGCGAACAAGGAUAUGAACGCUACAGUCCGGACAAGGAGGGCGAGCUUGACUGGUAGCCAGGCAUCGCAAAGCCCUCGCCCUGCCAGUGUGAGCAUUGCUACGGCCUCCGAGGAAGCUAGGCGUUCCGAGAAACCGUCACCCGUCGUCCAGCCCGCACAGCGAGCAUCUCCACCCGAAGCACGUUCGCCUGCCAUCCAACCAAGUGUCACGCAACCAAGACCUCGUGAUGAAAAGUCGCCUUCAGAUAUCGCCUGGGAGAAUGUGCUCCGGGAUUUUUUGUCUCCCGACUUCCGAUUUUCCUUUUCCACCGCCGAUAUUCCAGCUGACGAGCUGAGGAUCAUCCAGUCCUAUCCAUCAUUUAUUGACCCCUAUGGCGGUGUCAAGCGCCGGGCGAUGCGUGAAAAGGCCGAGCAGGAACGAAUCAAGCGGGAGCAAGAGCUUCUCCAGUCUGUCGCAACCGAAGAAGACAGCCGCGAGGCAGGAAGCCUUCAACUAGGAGGGGAACCCGAGAAUUCUCCUGCUCCUCAAGCCCGACAGACCCGCGAAUCGCAUGGUGCUAUUCAGCCGCCCACUUCCCAACAAGGCACAGCUGAUAACUCAACCGUUGGAUCCCCUGUUUCUGCGACAAGCCACCAAUUCCAGGGUCUCAAUUUAGCUGGUCGCAGUUUGACUCCACUCCAGCAACAGCAAUUGAUGCUUUUGAAGUCAGCUGGAAACCAGCAAACUGGGCUAUCUGAUUCUUUGAACUCGGCUGCUGUUGACCAGGCAAACCAAGUACGCCAAGGUCUUUUGCAAACACAAAUGGCUCAAUUAAAUGCGUUGCAAGCCCAAGGCCGUCAAUCUUCUCGCUUCGCCCUAAACGAAACUGGCACGAAGAACAUCAGCAACGCUCGAAUGCUGAGUCAGAUGCAGUCUGGAACACCAAACCCUUUGUCGGCACCAAGCCCCCAGCAUAGCCUUGCCGGUGGCUUUUAUGCAAGUGGCGUUCAGGGUCCUCCCCCCUGGCUUGAAGACAGCAGGAACUCCCCCCCAUCAGUGGUGGAGCAAGAUGCGACCCCCGAAUUGAUGCGUGAAUUACUGCGUGGUCGAGGCGGCGCAAAUGUGGGCGGAGUACAAGGCCAGGAGGCCGUAAAGCGUGAGUUCAUGUUCCCUUUUCUUCAACAGCACCAAACCCCACCUCCCCUGACUCCCGUCAAUGGCCUUCUCAGCUCUUUCUAUGGGUCUCAGACAGGUGUAGCACCCGAGUCCGGUGGCCCACAGAAACAGAAGAAGAAGGGGAAGAAGCACAGACACGCUAACACUUCCUCCGGUGGAGGUGGUGUAGUAGAUCUUGCGGACCCGAGCAUCUUACAGGCGAGGAUGCAGCAAGUCGGUGGCAAUGCUACUGCUGGGCAAGCGUUGUACGGGAGCCAGGGUCAAGGUGGGUACAACCCUUCGAUGAUGGGGUCUGCAGUGAACGAGGAUUUCCCUCCUCUGGGUACACCGGUGAAAGAAAGCCAGCCCAUUGAUACCUUCGGGUUCCUGAAGUCUCAGCUUCCUAGCGAGUCUGUUGGCCGGGUUGGAACCCCGACGCUACCACCUGGACUACCUCUGCCCCAUGCUCACCCUUCAUCGGCGGCCUAUCAAGAAAAGUUGGGUUUAUCUAAACCGUCUUCCCCUGCUCCGAUUCUACCGCCAGGUCUGAGCACUGGAUUUUCGCGGUCUGGAAGUCCAUCGCAGAAAAAUGUCACAGAGUCUCGCUCUAUGACGCCUGAGGCGACAGAACGCACCAACUCCAUGUCGGCCCGCACAAGGGACGCUUCUCAAAUCUCUUUCGGAUCGCCAAUUGCCAAACCCAGCUCAAAGGCUCGUAUGAACAACAAGCUGGAUUCGGCAGAUGCCAUUGAGGACAAGAGUCCCGCCCUCUAUACUGAGCAAAGCCCCUCUACUGGGGUAAAGCCCAGUCCAAUCGCCCUGAAUACGGCUCUGGCUCAAGAAACGACUCCAGCCAAAUCCGAGCGCGCUAUCUCUGGGACAUUUGCCUCCGUGGCAGGAUCGGCAUCUGUUGUUAGCUCACGGCCUAAUACUCCACUGACAGCAGCUUCUCGUGCUUCUGAUUCCCCGGCUCCCCGCCAAGCGCGAAUUCUGCGUGUUGUAGAAACUCCCAAGCCCGAGGUCCCCCUCCCCCUUAGCACGGCGCCAUCUGUGACUACCGGGGCCGACAAAUCCCGUUCUCGCCGACAAAGCUUGUCAUCAAACAGUCGCCCAGACACACCUGCCGACUUGGGCUCCGAGGCCGACUUUGAUGUUUCGACCACGGCAUCUCGUGCAAACUCUCCACCUCCUACCCGCAUCGGUUCUGCUCCGGUCCGCUCGGUGACGAAGAGCCAGGCUAAAAAGGACAGGCGCCAGAAGGCCAAGGAGGCUGAAGUUAAGAAGGCUGAGCUGACGACCACUGCCGAAGAGCCUGUUCAAGCUCCCAUCAUGGGACGGAAACGCAAGACAAAGAAGGCGCCUAUUCUUGCCUCCGAAUUGACUGAUUCGACUGCAAACAUGCCCACCGAAGUAGCCAGCCCUGCUAAAGUUGCCCCUUCUCCGAAGAAACCGGAGCCCAAGCCCGAGCCUCCCAAGAAGGCGAACGAAAAAGAGCAACCACCUCCGGAGAAGGUUGUCCCAGAGGAGGCCUGGCGCUCUCGCAACACCGUGGAGCAGUUGGUUAAGGAUGCCGAGGAGACAGGCCGUUCCAUCAAAGACCUAUUCGCGGAACGGACAAAACCACUUCAUGAGCUCCUUGCCGCAAUGCAUAGAUCUGGCAACCUCGAUCUCAACAAGAGCUCGCUAUUCAACCCCGCAAAUCUCAGCCAACGAACUGACAUGAAGUGCAAUAUGCGCGAUUAUGACCUCCUCAAGCAACCUAUUGAGUUGACAGAUGAUCAUCGCAAGACUCUAUUACGUGGCCAGCCCGUGCGAACUGGUUAUGAUGAACUAAAGAAUCGCGUAUUGAUCACCCCUCGAGGCUGCGUUCUACGUCAUCUUGAACCGGCGGAGGAGCAACGGUACCUAGAUUUGGAAAAGCGACGCAAUGGCGCUAUUGAUCCGUUCGUUGUCGGCGAUGACUCCAGCAACAUCAACGGCGGACUAGAGGCACUCUUUGCAACACCCGAGAAGUACAAUAUCUACUGGGUUGAUGACGAAUCAACCCACAUGGGUACCACUUCUCCAACAAGCACUCUGGACGCAACUGAGUCCGUGAUUCCACCGAAUGUUAUUUCUGCAAUGGAAGCCGACAGCACUCGAAGCCAUGACUGGGCUGUCGCUCACUCCGCUGAACUCCUCCAGACCACCACUGCCGCCGUUCGUUCAUUCGCUGCUGCCACUGCCAAGCAGAUGCUUGGCACUGCCGCGCUGCCCGGGAGUAACCCUAGCUUGGACGAUGUUGCCGCCAUGACCAACGAAGAGCUCAAGGAGCUUUCUGGCAAGUCUCAGAAAGAUCUUGAAACCACCCGCAAGGAGCUGGAGUCUUUGGAAAAGAAGUUUGGAGCCCUACUUCGGCGAAACAAGAAGGUUCAGCACCAGGCCCUCUCUAUUGUCGGAGAUUCCAAUGCAUGA